UCUAUCUGAAACCGACGCACCGAUCAUCCUUGCCGUUAGUCAUCAUCUAACAACAACACCAGUUAUCAGCUGAAAAGUGACCCCUGGCUAUUAUUGCACUAAAGUGGCCAGGAUGGCAGGACGUGCAAUGAUUUCUCUUUCUGCUGCUCGUUCACUGUUGAAACCGCAAAACUCGAGCGUUUUAGCAUCGAGAUUUGGCCACGAAGGUCCUGCUUUCUUAGUCUACGACUUUAAGAAAGGGAGGGAGGUUGUCGGUUUUGGUGUCAACGGUGAAGAAUGUUAUGCUGAUCAUCCCAUCUUUCCUUACCCUGCUAUCAGAUACAAGAGGAUUGAAGGACCUCUCAUCGCCUUAAAAGAAAAGGAAAAAGGCGACUGGAAACUGUUGUCUAAGGAUGAAGUGAAAACCCUGUACAGAGCCAGUUUCGGUCAAACUUUUGUUGAAAUGGAAAAUCAAAAUACUGGCCGGUGGAGGCAAAUUGUAUCGCAAGUACUGUUUGGAUGCUCACUUUCAUUGUUCAUCUUCUGGCUCAUGGAUCAAUACAUUCCCCGAGAAUUACCAGAGACCUUAUCUCUAGAACACAGACAGAAAAUGCUGAAAGCUAUGAUUGAUGCAAGAAUGGAAGGAAUCACCGGUAUCUCUUCCAAAUGGGAUUAUGAAAAGAAUGACUGGAAAAAGUAAAUCAUUUUGAACCUUUUUCAACCGUGUAAUAGUCAUUUAGUUGCUGAAAAUUUACUCUAAGAAGAUUCAAGUGAUCCUUUGCACGGGAGCUCUUUAAAACUGUUAAAACAGUAACUAUUUGUAAUUCAUCCUAGCUUACAAAACCGAAUUGGCUCUUUCUGUGGUUAUUGUUUACUUACAAGUGUGUUAUUUCAUUGUAUAUUAAAAAUGUUUUCUGAAUUAAUCUA